GUGUGUGUACUCAUUGGGCCACCGGAAAAGGGAAGAAAAGAGAGAGAGAGAGAGAGAGAGAGAGAGAGAGAGGGGGCGACAUUACAUUGUAAUAUCAUCCUCAUUAUAAGGAUCGAGGAGAUGGACGUGGGCAGGCGAAGGGCGGGUGUCAAGACGGGCGUCGUUGCGGGGUCGGUGUGGGAGAGCAGGAUGAGGAGCGACGAAGUCAGGGGCGGCAUCAAGGUCUUCAACGGCGACGAGAAGAAGGCGGCGGCGGAGGAGCCCGCCGAGAGUGGCGCCGGCGGCAAUGCCGGCAGAGCCAAGCGAGCCGGGCCGGUCGGCGGGAAGAGGAAGACGUGGAAACCCGAGAGCGGCGGCGAGGGUCCGGCUGUUCAAGUACCGAGUGGGAGAGGGAGAGGGAGAGGUGAAUUGAGCAAGAGCGGUGAUGAGAUGGUGAAGGAGCUGAGUGUUUCGGCUGUGGCCAAGAGGGGGAAGAGGGACGCCGUGUCUGGUGCUGAUCAGGGGAUUCCGAGAAGCCCAGUUCAGAUGAGAAGGUCGAGAUCCGAAGCUGUUAGGGGGUCGGUUGAGAAGAGUUCGGUUGAAUUGACGAAAGUUAAAUCUGGUUCUACCAAGAUUUUGGAUCAAUUAAGAAGGGAUGGCGAUGAUGGUAAAAGUGAAGAGAAUGCAGUAAGUGAAGAGAAUGCAGUUCGGUUGAGUACGGAGAACUCGGAGCCAACCAGUGUUCUUGAUGGAUCGUGCCAAGACGAGGAGGAAGAGGAGGAGGAGGAGGAGGAGGAGAAGGAAGCGGAGAAGGAAGAGGAGGAGAAGGAAGCCAUUGAUGGGUCUGCUGAUGGAUAUGAGGAAGACCCAGUUGGCGAGAGCAAAUCGGAUGAAAUUCGCAAGGAGGUCAUUUCAAGCAACGCGAGUCAGGUCAAGUCUGAUCCAAAAGAAGCAUCUCGUGAAGAUGAUAACAUUAGCAAUGAUAAUGCAGCCAACGAUUUGGUCGAAGAAGAAAAAGAGGAAGAAGAAUUUUCUGAAGAAUUUGAGGAAGAGGAAAGAGAAGGAGAGUUUGAUGAAGGUACUGACACUGAGCGUGAGAACAAGAGCUUGGAGAUCAAAGAAAUUGUAGUGACAGAGCAAAAGACCAGCGAUGUUGCUGUGAAGGAAGAGACAAAGCCCAUCCAAGUCGCUGAAAAACCCAAAUCCAUUUCUCCAAUUGCGAAGAAACAGCCUUCUCCUGUGGUGAAGCCAGCGACAGUAAACAGAAACAUUGCGCAUCCAACUCCGACCAAGAUCUUCACUUCCUCCUCCUCCAAUGUCCAAAAACCUCCUCCUCCCGUCACAAGACGUUCCUCGCUUCACCAAAAUUUCGCCACCAAGACCAAUUCAUCUUCAGAAAAAUACCAGACUUUUCCAGAGAGACAGAACAAGUUGCAGAAUUUAGUGGAUUUGGUUAUGUGGAGAGAUGUAUCAAAAUCAACGUUGAUCUUCGGAUUGGGAACGUUUGUUGUGAUCUCAUCCUCCUACACAAAGGACAUAAGUUUCAGUUUCAUCACUGUGACUUCUUAUCUGGGUUUGUUCUAUCUUGCUGCAAUUUUCCUGUACAGAUCCAUUAUUUGCAGAGGUUAUGUAGAUAUAGAUGGUAGCAGCUGUGUUUUGGGAGAGGAAGAGGCGAUCUGGUUGCUGAAAUUGGUGCUCCCUUACUUGAAUGAGUUCCUGUUGAAGCUCAAGGCUCUGUUUUCUGGAGAUCCAGGAACCACGAUGAAGUUGGCAGUGCUGCUCUUUGUUUUGGCCAGGUGUGGGAGCUCCAUCACCAUCUGGAAGAUGGCAAAAUUUGGCUUUUUUGGAGUAUUCACCGUACCGAAAGUCUGCUCUUCCUAUUCCAGCCACAUCACUGCAUACGGUAAAUUUUGGAUACGGCGCUUCCGAGAUGCUUGGAACUCAUGUUCUCACAAGAAAGCUGUGGCGGUGGGCAUCUUCACUCUCGUGUGGAACUUAUGUUCGGUCGUCGCUCGAAUUUGGGCAGUGUUCAUGCUGUACGUGGCCUUCAGAUAUUAUCAACAGAAUCUAGUGAGAGAGGAUUGGGCCGCGGACGACGAAUGCGCAGACGACAAGUGUCGGGGACAAGUAGGGGGGCGCAAAAACAGCUGUGGGCCCACUAUAAUAGAAUCAUCAAAGGGAAAGAAAGCCUCCUAAGAAUUGUAUUAACCUCUUAUAGGCCCAAUGAGAAAGCCUCUCAUCUCAUGUGUGUAUCCACGUGAUGUGUUCAUGCUCAGCUUUUGUAAAAUAAAGUCAAAAGGGGAAAAAAAAAAGGUGUUGUGCGUGUUGUGCUAAAGCCAUGAUUUUGAUGAGUCAGCUUCACGAGAGCAGCCUUCCUUUCC